CAAGAGAAUGGUCUGGUAUCCGGCUUCACCCACCCUACAACCCAGGACGCUGGUACCCAGUUCCCUGGAGCUAUGGCUUUGGCUGCAACGUGCUCCCCAGAUUUGGCCGAACGCGUCUCUGCCGCCUCCGGACGAGAGCUCAAGCUCGCGGGCAUCAACUGGGCGUACAGCCCUGUCGCCGACGUAAACAGCGACUCAAGGAACCCUGUCAUAGGCGUGAGGUCUUUCGGCGAUGACCCACAUCAAGUUGGGGAAUAUGUCGCAGCGGUGUGUCGCGGGCUCACGUCUGCAGGCGUAGCGCCCUCCGCAAAGCACUUCCCGGGGCACGGGGACACGCACGUCGACUCGCACCUCGCCCUCCCGGUCAUCCAGAAGUCGGGCGCGCAGCUCGAUCAGACCGAGCUCGUUCCCUUCCGCGCCGUCAUCCACGAUGCCGCGAGCAUCAUGACGGGGCACAUGGCACUCCCCAAGGUGACGGGCGACGACACGCCCGCCUCGCUCGCGCGCGCGGCGACGCAUGGGCUGCUGUGCGACAACAUGGGAUACAAGGGUGUCAUCGUCACAGACUGCUUGGAGAUGGAGGCCGUCGCCGCGCGCGAGGGCGGUGUGUCCCACGCUGCGAUGGAUGCCCUUCAAGCAGGUGCCGACGUGGUGAUGGUGUGUCACCGGUUUGACAGACACAAGGGGUCGCUGGAGGCGGCGUAUGAAGCCGUCUGCGACGGACAUAUCCCCUUGGAGACACUGCUGGAGAGCGGGCGGCGGGUGCGCAAAAUGAAGGCGCAGUUCGCCGGCAGCUGGGACGACGUGCUCCGCGUUCCAUUUAAGAAGAGCGAGUGGGAUCGGUUGAAGGAGGCAAACCUGAGCCUCAGCCGGGAGGCGUACGCGCGAUCUGUGGCGCUCGUCCGUAAUCCGCGGUCGGUGAUACCGCUGCCUAAGCGGGGCAAGGUGGUCGUGCUUACGCCUGUGAUGGAGUCGCUGAAUCAGGCCGUAGACGACGCAGAAGGCGUCUUGCGGACAGGCGACGGUAAGUUGAGGAACACCGCGGGUCCUUCGUACCUGGCCUUCACGGAAUCCGUGAAAGACCUCGUCCAGGGAGACGUCGUGCAUAUUGUAUACGCGGGCGGCGAACCGCUAAGCGCGACGCAAGCUGACGACGUUCGGGAGGCGGAUGCGGUGGUGUUUGUCACGCGCAACGCUGAUCGGUCGGUCUGGCAGCGAAAGCAUCUUACAGACGUUUUGAUAAUCAGGAGAAAACAGAGCAAGCCUGAGAGGGUCGUCGUCCUGGCGAGCUGUGCGCCGUAUGAUUUGAUAGAUAUGCGAGAUGAGGAUGGCCUCCUUGGCGGUCUUGGGUACGUCGCCAGCUUUGAAUUUACUGUAGAUGCGCUGUCGGCAACCGCGAAGGUGAUUUUUGGGGAAGACCAGGCGAAGGGACGCGUACCAGUCUGUGGUGGAGCGAUCAUGACUUAGUUAUGCGGCGCCUCUUCCUUGAAUAUCUAAACGAGCCUAAUGCUGAAUGCUGCUACAAUACGAUGGUAUGGGACUCAUAGAACACAAAAACCACAUGAUGCCUUGC